AAAGUAAAUAUAAAAAAUUGCAAAUAAAAAUAAAAAUCAUUUCUCUCUCUCUCUCUCUCUAAGACCUCUGACCAGAGGACUGAUAUGAUGAUGAUGAUGAUGUUCUUCUUCUACACUCAUUAUCUCUCUCUCUGUCUCUUCUUGUAGAUCCAAGCUGUACUAAUCUCUCUUUCUCUCUUCGAAAAAGAUCUCUAUCUACAGGACUCUCCUUCCUUUCCAUGCACAUUUCUCUCUUUUUCCUCGCAACAUUUCUCUUUUUCUAUUCUCGAUUAAGAGGUUGAGUUGGUUCGUUAAUGGCGUCGAAACAAGGAUCAAAAUCGAAGAGGUUAGGUUCAGUCAGUUCAAAAGCUGCUAAUUCUCGUUCUUCUUCAACGACAUCAUCUUCAAAACAAUUUCUAGAAACAUCCAUAGACGGUCAGAGCUCCCCUGGAUCAUCCUCUGCUCGCAGCAAACCACGGUAUUUUUACUCAGAAAACGUGCCUUUGGAUGGGGAGAGAUCCAAGGAAAACGUUACCGUCACUGUUCGCUUUCGCCCAUUAAGUCCUAGGGAAAUUCGUCAAGGAGAGGAGAUUGCUUGGUAUGCUGAUGGAGAAACUAUUGUCAGAAAUGAACAUAAUCCGUCCACCGCAUAUGCAUAUGAUCGGGUGUUUGGCCCUACAACUACAACACGCCAUGUGUAUGAUGUUGCUGCUCAGCAUGUUGUCAGUGGUUCUAUGGAAGGCAUCAAUGGAACCAUUUUUGCAUAUGGUGUAACAAGCAGUGGGAAAACUCAUACAAUGCAUGGUGAUCAGAGGUCCCCUGGAAUAAUACCAUUGGCAGUGAAGGAUGCUUUUAGUAUUAUUCAAGAGACUCCAAACCGAGAGUUUCUGCUUCGUGUUUCAUACCUUGAGAUCUAUAAUGAGGUUGUUAAUGACUUGUUAAAUCCAGCAGGACAAAAUUUAAGAAUUAGAGAAGAUGCUCAGGGAACCUUUGUUGAAGGAAUAAAGGAAGAAGUUGUAUUAUCCCCAGCUCAUGCCCUUUCCCUUAUAGCAGCUGGAGAAGAGCAUAGACAUGUUGGAUCCACAAAUUUUAAUUUACUCAGCAGCCGGAGCCAUUCCAUAUUUACACUGACAAUAGAGAGUAGCCCAUGUGGUGAAAAUAGUGAAGGACAAGCAGUAAAUUUGUCUCAACUGAACCUCAUCGAUCUGGCAGGUUCAGAAAGUUCAAAGGCUGAGACUACUGGUGUGAGAUGGAAAGAAGGAUCCUACAUUAAUAAGAGCCUGCUAACACUUGGAACUGUUAUAUCAAAGUUGACGGAUGGGAGGGCCUCUCAUAUUCCAUACAGGGACUCUAAACUAACCAGGCUUCUUCAGUCUUCAUUAAGCGGUCAUGGCCGCGUAUCACUUAUUUGCACUGUCACUCCUUCAUCAGGCAGUUCCGAAGAGACACAUAAUACUUUGAAAUUUGCCCAUCGUGCUAAGCACAUCGAAAUUCAAGCAGCACAGAAUAAGAUUAUUGAUGAGAAAUCACUUAUCAAGAAGUAUCAAAAUGAGAUACGCACUUUGAAGGAAGAAUUAGAACAAUUGAAGAAGGGUAUUGUGACAGUUCCCCAAUUGAAAGAUAUGGUGGAAGAUGAUAUUGUCGUCCUAAAACAGAAGCUAGAAGAUGGUCAAGUUAAGUUGCAAUCUAGAUUGGAACAAGAAGAAGAAGCCAAAGCAGCUCUAUUGAGUAGAAUACAACGCUUGACAAAGUUAAUUUUGGUCUCCUCUAAAGCUUCACAAUCAUCAAGGUUUCCUCACCGCCCUGGUCCAAGGAGGAGACAUUCCUUUGGAGAAGAAGAGCUUGCAUACCUACCAUACAAAAGGCGAGACUUUAUGUUGGAUGAUGAAAACAUUGAAUUGUAUGUUUCUCUUGAAGGGAACUGUGAAACUACAGAUGAUACACUUAGGGAGGAGAAGAAAUCCCGGAAACAUGGAUUGCUAAACUGGUUAAAGCUACGGAAACGAGAUAGUGGGUUGGGGACAGCUAGUGAUAAAUCAAGUGGAGUAAAAUCUAAUAGUACACCUUCAACACCUCAAGCGGAAAACAGCAACUUUCAUACCGAAUCUAGAUUUUCAAAUCCUUUUCUCACAGAAAGCUCUCCAUCAGCUGAUCUUCUAUCUGAGGUUAGACCAGAUAGAGAAGUUCCUGGGGACAAUUUCCUUGUGCAAGAAACUCCUUCGACAAGCAUAAAAACAAUUGAUCAGAUUGAUCUUCUAAGGGAGCAGCAGAAGAUUUUGUCUGGAGAUGUGGCACUCCAUUCAAGUGCUUUGAAGCGGUUAUCUGAGGAGGCUUCAAGGAAUCCCCAAAAGGAACAGAUUCAUGUGGAGAUGAAGAGGUUGAAUGGUGAAAUCAAAGUCAAGAACGAACAAAUUGCUUUGCUGGAAAAGCAAAUUACUGAUUCCAUCAUGGUUUCACACAAUAAGAUGGAUAAAUUGGAAGUAUCACAGACAGUUGCUGAACUGACGGAACAAUUAAAUGAGAAGUCAUUUGAACUUGAGGUUAAAGCUGCAGAUAAUCGGAUAAUUCAGGAGCAACUCAACCAAAAGAUUUGUGAAUGUGAAGGAUUGCAGGAGACAAUUGUCUGUUUGAAGCAGCAGCUUUCUGAUGUGCUAGAGUUGAGAAAUCUCAGUCCACUAUCCAGUUACUCGCAGCGAAUUUCUGAAUUAAAAAGCAAUCAUUCACAACAUCAGGUUGACAAGGAAAUUGCAGCAACAAAAAAUAGAGACGAAGAUUUGCUUCAACAAGCACAGGCCACAGAGAUUGAAGAAUUGAAGCAAAAAGUUGCCGCACUGAUAGAGUCAAAAGAACAGCUAGAAAUGCGGAACCAAAAAUUGGCAGAUGAGAGUUCAUAUGCGAAAGGGCUAGCCUCAGCUGCUGCUGUUGAGCUCAAGGCAUUAUCAGAAGAAGUCUCUAAGCUCAUGAAUCAUAACGAGAGACUAUCUGCUGAGCUGGCAGCACUUAAGAACUCACCCACACAGCGAAGAACUAAUAGUACGGUCCGGAAUGGCCGAAGAGAAAAUCUCAUGAAACGCCAAGAGCAAGUUGGGCCAGCAUCAGAACUGAAGAAAGAAUUGGCUGUAAGUCGAGAAAGAGAAGUACAAUAUGAAGCUGCUCUGAUGGAGAAAGAUCAACUAGAGGCCGAACUUCAAAGGAAGGUGGAGGAAUCCAAGCAAAGAGAAGCCUAUCUUGAAAAUGAACUUGCCAACAUGUGGGUUCUUGUUGCCAAGUUGAAAAGUUCUCAUGGAGCCGAUACGGAUAACUCAGAUUCGACAAGAGAGACUCCAAGUGUUGAUGGUUUUGGGGUUUGAAAUCAUUAAAAACUGAUGGCACUGUCAUGGGCUCCUAAUACAAGGUAUGAGAUUUAGUGUGCAGGAAAUUGUGUUGUGCAUUUAAAGUUAGGGGGUGUGUGUGUAUUUCAAAUGAGCCUAUUGGCGUUUUUUCUCUUAUCCUGUGCCUUUGCCUCUUUAAGGUUUUCUUGGCUGUCAAUAUUUGUAUGAACUAAUCACCCACCAUUAUUUUCUUGUGGAAUGCUUGUUCAAUUAAUGAUUCGUACAUAAAAUUGACAAUGCAAGGAAUUAAAAUAGCCAA